AUGGGUACCGAAAUAGUGAAGGAUCUCAUGAAAAAUGUUAUAAGUGAUUGGAAUUUAUUAAAAACCGAGGUCGAGCUUGAAAUUAUAAAAAAAUAUUCCGAUUUUGGACGACUAUAUACGAUAUUCUUCGCACUGGCUGCAUAUUCUGCUUUGUUUGUUUAUAUAUUGAUUCAAUUUACGCCAGAUUUUCUUGACAUCGUAGCACCACGGAACGAAUCACGGUUACAUAACAUACAAUUAACUGCAGAAUAUUUUGCUGACCAACAGGAAUACUAUCUUCCAAUUUUAUUGCAUAUUAACAUAAUAGCUCUCAUAGGAUUCACCACUAUGAUUUCCACCGAGUCUUUAUUCGCGGCGUACAUCCAGCAUGCUAUAGGAAUGUUUGAAAUCGCCAGUUACAGAAUUGAACAUGCAUUUGACGAAAUAUUGAGUUUAAAUAUAUCGCAAAAAAAUUGCUCAUAUUGUACAAAAAUUAUAAGUGCUAUAAAUAUUCACAACAGAGCUAUCAAAUUUACCGAAUGUUUAAGAUCCGGUUUUGCUACUUCAUAUUUUUUUCUAGUUUGCUUGGGAAUUAUUUCUUUAACUGUUAAUUUAGUCCGCCUCUUUUUAAUCACACAAUAUCUAGACGAUGUAGAAGAAUGUAUUAUCGCAGCGUUAUUCGUUUUUGGUCAUAUUUAUUAUAUAUUUUUGGGCAACUACACCGGCCAAAGAUUAAUAGAUCAUAGCACAGAUGUAUUUCGCAGAACAUAUGUUUCCCAAUGGUAUGUCGCUCCUCCACACGCGCAAAAGUUAUUAUUGUUCAUGAUGCAACAAAGCAUCAAAGGUAGUACCAUGUCCGUGGGGGGUUUAUUUGUUCCAUCGUUGGAAGGUUUUGCGACGAUUACCAGUAUGUCGAUCUCAUAUUUUACAGUAAUUCGUUCCGUUUAAUCAGACAGAAGAUUUAUAGACGCAUGUUAGUUAUAUGCACAAUACACAGCACAUGCCUUAAAUCAAAUACUUU